CUUUUCUGGAGUUCUGGUGCAGUUUUGAAGAAAAAUAAAUCUAUUAUGGCGUGGUAGGUUUGGGCUCAAACGAAACGGUCCCAUAAUAUUUUUUUUGAUUCCAUGUUUUUUGUCCUCAUCCUCGGGAUUCGAGUGCUUCAUGCAUUCAUGCGGUCGAUGGAGAUCAAGCAGUAGAUCCAUCCAUGGUUCUUGCUAGUUUUCCACUCACCAGAGUGAGCGAGUCCACUGUCCACCAUGGAUGCCUUGAACGCCGCCAUCGGCGUCACCACUGUCCUCCUCCUACUGGCACCGCUGCUCUCGCUGGCGCAAGCCUUACGACGCGGGAGCAGGGCUCGCCGGACCCCGCCGGGGCCGGUCGCUCUCCCCGUCAUCGGCCACCUGCACCUCUUCAAGAAGCCCCUCCACCGCACCCUGGCUCGCCUGGCCGCCCGCCACGGCGCCGUCCUCCAGCUCCGGUUCGGCUCCCGCCGAAUCGCCGUCGUGUCGUCGGCGCGGGCCGCCGAGGAGUGCCUGGGCCCGCACGACGUCGCGUUCGCGGACCGCCCCCGGCUGCCGUCGGGGCGGAUCCUCUCCUACGACUGGACCACCAUGGGCACCGCCAGCUACGGGCCCUACUGGCGCCACGUCCGCCGCAUCGCCGUCACCGAGAUCCUCUCCGUGCUCCGGGUGCAGCAGUUCGCCGGCGUCCACGAGCGCGAGGCGCGGGCCAUGGCGCGGCGCCUCUACCGCGCUGCGGCCCGCGGCCGCGUGCGGGUGGAGCUCAAGUCGUGGCUGUUCGAGCUGCUCAUGAACGCCAUGAUGGGGAUGAUGUGCGCGCGGACGUACUACGGCGGCGCCGGCGAGGAGGAGGUGAGCGAGGAGGCGCGGUGGUUCCGGGGGAUGGUGGAGGAGACGAUGGAGCUGAGCGGCGGCGCGUCGACGGUGUGGGACUUCCUCCCGGCGUGGGCGUGGUGGCUGGACGUGGUCGGGGUGGGGCAGCAGCUGUGGCGGCUCCGGGAGGGCCGGACGAAGUUCUUGCAGGGGCUAAUCGAGGAGCAGAGGAAGGAGAUGGAGAAGGGCGCGCCGGCCAGGAGGACCAUGAUCGGGGUGCUGCUGACGCUGCAGAACGAGGACCCCGAGGCCUGCCCGGACCACCUCAUCCGCACCCUGUGCAUUAGCUCCCUAGAAGCUGGAACAAGUACAUCAGCAGAUACAGUCGAAUGGGCUAUGUCGCUCCUGCUAAACAACCCUCCGGUGCUGGAAAAAGCUCGCAAAGAGAUCGAUGCAUGCAUAGGGCAACCAAUGCGCCUAAUCGAGGCGACCGAUCUACCGAAGCUGCACUACCUUCGGUGCAUCAUCAUGGAGACCUUUCGUCUGUACCCACCAGCACCACUCCUUGUUCCUCAUGAAUCCUCAACGGACUGCACGGUGGACGGGUUCCAUAUCCCCAAGGGGACAAUGCUCCUAGUGAAUACGUUCGCAAUCCAUAGGGAUCCUGAGCUGUGGGAUGAACCGGAAAAGUUCAUCCCAGAAAGGUUUGAGAAUGGGAAGAGUACUGAAGGUAAGAUGUUCAUCCCAUUCGGUAUGGGAAGGCGACGAUGUCCGGCGGAGAACUUGGGCAUGCAGAUGGUUGGUCUUGCUCUUGGAACUAUGAUCCAGUGCUUCGAUUGGGAAAGAGUUGGGGAGGAUCUUAUGGACAUGACGGAGGGCUCUGGCCUAACCUUGCCGAAAGAGGUGCCUCUGGAGGCCUUCUAUGAACCCCGUGCUUCUCUGAUCAAUCUUCUUUCAGAGAUUUAGUUUUUCCUUUUGAGAAAAUCUCAGAGAUUUACUAGUAAUGUUGAGAUGUAAUGUUGUUCAUGUUUGCUGUGUAAGGCCACCGCUACUAACGUUCUUUAUGUGUGUGAUAGACUGAUAGCAGUACCAAUGUAUUAGGCCCCGGCCCAUUUAGGCUCUCCAUGCCAUGCCAUGCAAAUUGUACUGGCCCAUUGAAUAUAGGCAGAACUGAGCUCUAAUCUCUCCAGAAGAAUGUGCAAGGAGAAGUUGAAACU